CUCAAUCGAGGAAUUUAAUCUUAAAGCAAAAGACCUUAGAAUACACUUUAGGGAAAAAGGGUAUCCCAAUAAGUGUUUAAAACGGGCCUACAAGAGAGCGUUAGAAUCGGACCGAAGCUCUUUGAUAAAUGAGAUCAUCCCUACAGCACCAGAAGAUUUGAAUAUCAUUCAACUUAUAGCCACCUAUGACACUGACUGGAGUAAGGUAAAAGAGUCCCUUCAACGUUUCUGGCCUAUACUCACCAACCAUGAGCACCUAAAAGAGAGAUUGACUCCCAAUGCAGCUAUCACA